GCCUCGGCCAAUGUCUUCAGCUUCUUCCUCCUCUUCAGCGUCCUUGAAGCCACAGGUUACGCGGCUGCCGUCUAUCAAUCAACUCGAUUCCUUCCUUCCUUCACUUCCACGUCUCCAUCAUCUUGCACCUCUACCGACACCACCGCCCAUGUUCAUACCGACCACAUCACAGUCUUCGGUGAUGAAUCCUAGGGGAGUAUCACCGACACCACAUGGCCCUAUAUCCUAUCAACAUUCGACUCCUUCGACCUUACCUCAUCUUGCAUUCAAUCUGACUCCUGUCCCUUCCAUGCGGGCAUCAGCCCCACUUUUGAACCCCCCUUCCUUUGACGCUUUUGCAGCCGCUGCUGCUGCCCAUACCACUACUAAAAGCACCGGUAGCAGCACCAGUGCCCGUACAGGGACAAGUGUGAGCCCUGCCUCUUCGCAUAAGAACAUUGAACUCAAUCCUCCCCAUCUCCAUAAUGCUGUUCAUUUUUCUUAGGAUGAUGUCUGUGAAGGCUUCGAGAGCGAUAAUGGGGUUUAUGUUGUUUUAAUUGUCUCCAGCUCUAUCUCUUGUUUUACUGUAUCAAUUUUUACAUAGAGGGUAUGGGAAUAAUGUUGGUAAACUGUGUCACUAGUCAUGAGUUGAUGUCAUACUUGCAUAUGAUAAUAGAGAACAUGACGCUUCUUAAUUCG